AUGGCUGCAACUAGUACAUUGGCGCCCCCCGCUGUCUUGGGAGGGUUAUGGUGGCUUACCUUGGACCUGACGCCCAUGAACUGGACGCCAGGUUCGUCACUCAUAUCAAGAUUUGUUGUUACGAAGAGUGGGGAGCUUGGCCGGGAUAUAUAUAAAAGCCUGCUGGAAGCCCAUGGAAAGGAAGGCAAGGACGAGGAGGAUAUCGCUGCCAUGUUGGAUUGCCCGGAGAUACGCGCGAGGCUAAAGGCGGUAUACGAUUCUGCCGGAUAUUAA